UUUGCCAGGCUAUAAAACCUCAAUAAGAGGCCUUCUUGAAGGAGUCCAAGUCCCAACGAAACGCCUCCAUACCAAUCCUCUCACUCUCUUCCCUCACUACACACACUAAACAAGAAAAUGGAGAUCUGAAGAGACCAAGGCAUUUUCUUCUCUUUUAUUGUUUGGCAUUGUUAAUUCAUUUCUCCAAUAAUUAAUGGCUAUCAUCACUGAGUCUUUGCUCGGCGAUCAAUCAUCAUCACGGCCACCGGAAGCUACAUCGGGUCAAAACAACUCAGAGUCGACCCGGCCUAAUGAUGCUGACCCGUUCAAAAAGGUGAAUGUGGAGCAGUGGAUUCUUGAGCUUCGCGAUAGACGUACCCGAGAAAACGCACUGCAACGCCUCUCUAAGAUCAGGGAAAUUCGUGAGGACUUGGCUCCAUUGCUGUGGCAUUCCUUUGGCACCACAUAUACAUUGUUAAAGGAAAUACUUGAGGUGUACCCAAUGGUCACAUCUCCACAUCUUCUUACUCAGGAGGCAUCAAAUCGAGCAUGCAACACACUCUCUCUAUAUCAGUGCGUAGCUGCUCAUCCGGAGACAAGAAAUCUGUUUGUCAAAGCCAACAUUCCAAUGUAUAUCUACCCUUUCCUCGGCACUAAGAGCAAGGAAAAACCUUAUGAAUAUCUGAGGCUGUCCAGCUUGGGUGUUAUUGGUGCCCUUGUGAAGGAUAAUGAUGAAGACAUCAUCACUUUCCUUCUCCAAACUCAAGUGUUCUGCUACUGCAUCCGCUGCAUUGAAGUUGGCACUAUACUGUCAAGAACUGUGGCCACAUUCAUAAUUGAAAGAAUUCUGAUCAGUGAUCAGGGAAUGAAGUACUGCAUCACUUUCGCGGAUAGAUUCUACGUCAUCACUCAAGUUCUUAGCAGGAUGCUCGAUAAGCUUCCCGAAGAACCCUCCCACCGGCUGCUCAAGCUCAUCAUUCACUGCUUUCUCAGGCUCUCAGAUGGUCUAACCAGGGACGUUGACAGCUUAAGCCUAUGUCUCCCUAGGAGCUUGAGGGAUUCUAGAGUCAUUAACCUCGUCUCUGAUGACCCGGUAGCCAUGUCGUAUCUGAGGCGCCUGUAUUGCAACGUUGCAGCAGGGAGGAAGCCUAAUGGAGCAGCUGGGAAGCAGCCUAAUGGAGCAUCAGGUGCCGAGUCCAAUGGUCGCGUGGCUAAAGGCUGAAUGGCAAACCAUGGCAUCCAUCGAUGCUGAUCAGGCACCACCACCACAAAAGAAAUACCAUCCACACAGAAUGAAGAAUAUAGUCG